CUGGUCAAAAGCUUGAUUACUGUAUUGUAAGACUCUGCAGAGGAUAGCACACACUGCACAGGGGAGAAGAUGUCGUUUUCUUUGAUAGUCACUCUGAUUGCACUUCCUCUGUUGUACACACAAGUAAAUGCAGAUUGUAGAGGUAAAGCCGAUAUAAUAAUAGCAGUUCCAGGUUCAGUUAAUAUUCCUGGAGAAGAAUUUUUUCCGUUUGAAACAUUUUUACACAUGCUUGUGGACUAUUUUGUGUUGGAUGAGAAUAAUGUUAACAUUGGUUUCGUGUUGUACGGGAAUGAACCUACCAUUGUGAGCCAUCCUCAGCCUUUCAAAGACCAGGCUCAGACAAAUACGAGAGCCACUCUUCUUACUCAGAGGGAAAACUACAUGAACGUUAUCGGCUCUCCACCAAAUGUUGCCAAGGCUUUGACUUUAAUGCGCGCCAUGUUUCAAAAUCCCAGCGGAUACCCUAUGGAACGACCUCGCCCCGGUGUAAUGAAAAUCGGAGUUAUUUUUACCUGGGGUGCACAGCCUAUUGAAGCUUUCGAUGAUGUGGUCAGGGUUGCUGAUGAUCUUCGAAUGGAUGGUGUCACUAUGUAUGCUGUAGGAAGAAGUCCGAUUGGUCCCGAGUUUGCUAGACUAGCCACAGAUGAAUGCAAGCUUUUUAGCAUGGGAAAUUUCCAAGAAGGUCUUCCAAGUGUGCUUCCAUACCUUGGAAGCAGCAUCUGUACACAUAUGGACCCAACGAUAAAUGCAUCUUCCAUCAACUGUUUUCCAAAGUUUUGGAAACCAAGUCCAAAUCCCCCUAUAAUAUGCCCGUCUAUGAGUGAGAUUUUCCAAGACCCCUACAAUUGUGCCUACUACUACAAGUGUGAUUUGAGUGUUGCUAGGAGAGAGCGAUGUCCUUCCAAUAUGUUGUUUGACAACUUCAUUCGCACCUGUAACUACAAGGACGCAGUCACGUGCUACUCCAGGAUGACGUGUCCGGAACCAAACGGGCUUUUCCCUCAUCCUGAAUCCUGUAACAAAUUCAUGAACUGCUUUAACGGAAUUCCGUAUGUUCAAGAAUGUCCCCCAAAUCUUUAUUUCAAUGAAAGAACCAAACUUUGUGAUGACAGACAAAAUGUGCAAUGUCGUUUACAAUAGAUUUAUAUGUCUCAGACUUUCACGACAAAGUGAAAUAUUUAAUCCUAUAUCAACUCAAAGUUGUUCCCAGUGCUUAUCUACCGCAGGUCAAUUACCAAGUAUUUAAGUGUCAAAAGUUCAUCUAUAAUUUGAAGAAACGUUUAUUGUAUGCCAAAUAAGAUGUAAAGCUUUUCCUACUUUAAUCAAAGCAAAUUUAAAGUCCUUAAGAAAUACAUUUACCUCCAUUUUAUCGUUGAUAACAUUAUUAUUUAACAAAUGUGUAUUUUAUUUUUGUCAUCUGUGUAUCUUUUCGUUCAUCUUAUUGAUUGUUUUCAUUAUCAUUGUUGUAUACUCGUAUCUCACAAUGUAAGUUCUUUUUUUUUCGUAAUAAAACUGUAAAUAAUC